AUGAGCAGGGCUGCUUGCUCCCUGUGCCUGCUGCUGCUGAUUGUGUGCUCGGGGCUGGUUUGGCAGCUGGACGUGUUACCUGCAGAUGUGGUCGCGCAGGUGAGGUUUGUCAGUGAGCCCAGGCCAGAGCUUGGUGUGAAGCAGGGAAGGCCCGAGCCGGAGCAAUUCCAGCCCGAGCCCAAGCCCGAGCUCGAGGAACCUGAGCCCGAGCCCGAGGAGCCCCAGGAGCCCGGGGCGAAUGGACCCGAGCCUGAAGCUGAGCCUGAGGCUGAAGAGCUUGCAGAGCCCGAAGAGCCCAAGCCUCCCAAGAAAGUGCCGAAGCCGCGCGUGGCCCGCAAGGAGAUCGUGCAGGUGACCAAAGAUUGGAAGUUCUUCAAAGCGCAUCAGCAUCACUGGAAGGCCUUGAAAGGCUUAAGAGUUCUUGAUGUCGGCAUGGGCCAGGGGCCUAUUGGCGUGGUUGCGCUGGCGACCGGGGUGCAGCACUAUGUGGGCCUGGACCCCGCCGUGCGCAUCCACGAGCUGCCUCAAGCGCGAAAGAUCGGGCAGUUCACGAAGGCCGGGGAGCCAGUGACGGCGCAGUUCCCCUUCUCCGGCGCGGACAUGAUGGCGGCCUAUCCGGAAAAGCUGGUCCUGCUGCAGGGCACCUUCGAGACGCUCCGGGACGACCCGGCGCUGAAGCCGGGUGCCUUUGACAUCGCCACCCUCUUCUCCGUGUCCGAGCACUUGCCCAACAUCACGGAGGUCUGGGAGGGCGUCUUCAAUGUGCUGAAGCCCGGCCAGCUCUUCCUGUACUCACACCACAACUACUACAGCUUCAGCGGCCACCAUGCGCUGCCCAAGGAGCCUAAGAAGUUUGUCCCCAACAAUGAGGAGCACCGGAAGGUUGCCUUUUGGCGGCAUCUGGACCAAAGCAGCCCUCCCUUCAGCGACGUGACCAUGAACCGCAUCCGCCUGGGUGACCUCAUGGCUAUCACAGGUGUCUUCUUCAACUGCGUGUGGGAGGUGCGGCGCAACGCGCACGACGAGGACGCGCUGAAGCCCGGCGUCUUCCAACCGCUGCAGCGGCGCGGCUUCGAGGCCGCGGAGCUGCUCACGAAUCGUCUGCUCUGCGCGUGCCAGCGCCGCCCGGAGCCUCGCCAGGCGCCAUGGCUUCAGAAAGUUUGGGUCCACCACCCACCCACCGACGGCUCCUACCAGCCACAGCCCUUGCCCCCCGAGAUCCAGCAGAUCGUGAGUUCGCAGAGUUUCCAGCACGCUCCGAAGCUCGAGAAGUUGCGCACAAAGCCCUACUCGGAGGGCCAGAAAUCUACAAGGAAGGGGCUGGUGAGGACAAAGGUGAACUUGCGCGGCUUCAGGCGGGCAACCAGCAUUUGGGCCGCGGCAUCGGGGCUUUGCCAGGCUUUCAUUGGUGCCAUCGCAAUUGGUGACAUGGUGAAGUCCACGUUGGGCCCGAAAGGCAUGGACAAAAUCCUGCAGCCUGCGAACACAACCGGGCCCAACUCCAAUGCCACGGUCACCAAUGACGGAGCCACGAUCCUGAAGUCUGUGUGGAUCGACAACCCUGCUGCCAGGAUUUUGGUCGACAUCUCCAAGACACAGGAUCAGGAGUGCGGUGAUGGCACGACAUCAGUUGUAGUCCUGGCCGCCGAGAUGCUGCGAAACGCGCAGAAUUUGGUGGAGGCGAAAAUGCACCCUCAGGUGAUCAUUCGGGGCUAUCGCCUGGCCUUGGCAGCAGCACGGGAAAGGCUAGAGGCGCUCGCGAUGGACAACGGUCGUGACCCAACAAAGUUCCGGGAGGACCUGCUGAGAAUCGCGAGAACAACUCUGAGCUCCAAGCUGCUACAGCACGAGAAGGAUCACUUCGCCACUUUAGCAGUGGAUGCAGUGCUGCGAUUAGGUGGCAAGCCCAACCUGGACUACAUCCAGGUGCUUAAGAAGCCAGGGGCAUCGUUGAAGGAGUCCUUCCUAGAAGAGGGCUUCAUCCUGGAAAAACGCAUCGGUGUCGGCCACAAGAAGGUGCUGGAGGAUUGCAAGGUGCUCGUAGCCAACUGCCAGAUGGACACUGACAAGAUCAAGAUCUACGGUGCCCGGGUCAAGGUUGAUUCACUGGAGGCAGUGGCUGAAAUCGAGCAGGCAGAAAAGGACAAGAUGAAGACCAAAAUUGAAAAGAUCGCUGCGCACAAAUGCAACGUCUUCAUCAACAGACAGCUGAUUUACAACUAUCCUGACCAGCUCCUGAAAGACGCUGGGGUGAUGGCCAUCGAGCACUCCGACUUUGAUGGAAGCGAGCGCCUUGCAGCAGUGCUGGGUGCAGACAUCGUCUCCACUUUUGACAACCCAGAGCUGACGACCCUUGGCAGCUGCAAGAGAAUCGAGGAGAUCAUGAUUGGCGAGGACAAAGUCAUCAAGUUCUCUGGCUGCAGCAAGGGCGAAGCUUGCACCAUUGUGCUUCGUGGCAGCUCCAUGCACGUACUGGACGAGGCUGAGCGGUCGCUACACGAUGCACUGGCCGUGCUGUUCCAGACCGUGCAGGAGACGCGCGUGGUUUGGGGCGGUGGAUCCAUGGAGAUGGCAAUGGCGCAAGCAGUGCAGCAGAAGCUUACAGAGGUUGGUGGCAAGGAGAGUGUCGCCAUGGAGCAGUUUGGGAAAGCUCUUAUGCAAAUACCCAUCAUCCUUGCGGACAACGCCGGCCUGGACUCUGCGGAGCUCGUGGGCCAGCUGCGCGCGGCGCAUGCCAAGGGCGAGAACUCUGUUGGUCUUGAGUUCUUCGACGGCACGGUCGCCGAUAUGUCGCAGCUGGGCAUCAUGGAGUCCUUCCGCAGCAAGAUGUCGCAGCUCUGCUCAGCAGCAGAGGCAGCUGAGAUGAUCAUCCGGGUUGACGACAUCAUCAAGAAUGCGCCCCGGCAGCGAGAAGGCUGA